GAGAGACGGAAAGAAGGAGAGAGAGAGAGAGAGAGAGAGACUGAGGGGGAAAAGAAGAGACAGAGAGAGGAGAGAGACAGAGGGAGAGAGAGAGAGAGAGAGAGAGAGAGAAGAAGGAAAGACUGGAGCAGAGAGAGGAGGAGAGAGAAGGAAAGACUGGAGCAGAGAGAGGAGAAGAAGAGAGAGAGAGAAUUUGCUGAAGACCAGUGCACCAGACUCGACAUAUUUGCCGUAUCCAUUACCGGACGCAUUAGCUUCAGAUGGAGAGGGGGGAUGAGGGUGGAGGAGGAGAUGGAGGUGUAUCUGGAGACCCCCCCCCCCCCCGCUUUCCCUCAGGACUGCCCCGGCCCGGACGCAGCCACAUGA